GCGGGCAGCGGCAGCAGGAGGAGGCGCAGCCGGUCGGGCUGCCCCGAUCCCGGCCCGGGCGCGCAGGAGGCCAUGGCCCCGGGAACCUAGCGGGGCCGGCGCCGCGGCACGUCUCCGGGUCCCCUCCCGCUGGGGAAGCCGGUCUCCCCGCAGCCCCCGCACCGCCGCGGCCUAGGAGUCCCGGGCGGCCCGUCCCCGGCGCGGGGCCCGCCCGCCGCCCGCAAGAUGUCCACGCGGACGCCGCUGCCCACCGUGAACGAGCGGGACACGGAGAACCAUACCUCCGUGGAUGGAUACGCUGAACCACAUGUCCAACCCACCAAAUCGAGUAGCAGACAAAACAUCCCCCGGUGUAGAAACUCAAUUACAUCUACAAAUGAAGAACACCCUCACAUUGGAAAUUAUCGCUUACUAAAAACAAUAGGAAAAGGAAAUUUUGCCAAAGUGAAGCUGGCAAGACAUGUUCUUACUGGAAGAGAAGUUGCUGUGAAAAUAAUAGAUAAAACCCAGCUAAAUCCUACCAGCCUACAAAAGUUAUUUCGAGAAGUACGAAUAAUGAAGAUAUUGAAUCAUCCCAGUAUAGUAAAAUUAUUUGAAGUUAUUGAAACAGAAAAGACACUGUAUUUGGUAAUGGAAUAUGCCAGUGGGGGAGAGGUGUUUGACUACUUAGUUGCACAUGGAAGAAUGAAAGAAAAGGAGGCACGUGCAAAAUUUAGGCAGAUUGUAUCUGCUGUGCAAUACUGUCAUCAAAAGUGCAUUGUUCAUCGUGAUCUCAAGGCAGAAAACCUUCUACUUGACGCAGACAUGAACAUUAAAAUUGCAGAUUUUGGUUUUAGUAAUGAAUUUACAAUUGGUAACAAACUAGACACUUUUUGUGGAAGCCCACCCUAUGCUGCUCCUGAACUUUUUCAAGGAAAGAAAUAUGAUGGCCCAGAGGUGGAUGUAUGGAGUCUUGGAGUUAUUCUUUACACACUAGUCAGUGGCUCCUUGCCAUUCGAUGGUCAGAAUUUAAAGGAACUGAGGGAGCGAGUGUUACGGGGAAAGUACCGUAUUCCAUUCUAUAUGUCCACAGACUGUGAAAAUCUACUGAAAAAACUAUUGGUACUGAAUCCAAUCAAACGAGGGAGCUUAGAACAAAUUAUGAAGGAUCGGUGGAUGAAUGUUGGCCAUGACGAGGAAGAAUUAAAGCCAUAUACUGAGCCAGAACCAGAUUUUAAUGACACCAAAAGAAUAGACAUAAUGGUCACUAUGGGGUUUUCAAGAGAGGAGAUCCAUGAGUCUUUAGUAAAGCAAAAGUAUGAUGAAGUCAUGGCUACUUACCUGCUUCUAGGCAGAAAACCACCUGAAUUUGAAGGAAGUGAAUCCCUGUCCAGUAGUAACCUGAGUCAAAGGUCUCGACCCAGCAGUGACCUCAACAACAGCUCUAUGCAGUCUCCUGCUCACCUGAAAGUCCAGCGGAGUAUAUCGACCAAUCAGAAACAACGACGGUUCAGUGAUCAUGGUGGGGAUGACAUUCAAACAAUUGGUCCAUCAAUUCCUCCUGCUGUAUCAUACACAAAAAGGGCUCAGGCAAAUAGUGUGGAAAGUGAACAGAAAGAGGAAUGGGACAAAGAUGUGUCACGUAAACUUAGCAGCACUACAGUUGGAUCCAAAGGAGAAAUGGCAGCAAGUCCACUUGUAGGUCCAGAAAGAAAGAAAGCGCCUGCAGUUCCAAGUAACAACGUAUUUCCUGUUGGUGGAAUGACCAGAAGGAACACGUAUGUUUGUGAGCGCUCUUCAGAUCGCUAUUCUGCAAUACAGAAUGGGAAAGAUAACAGGUACUCAGUUGACUUAGCCAAAAAUCUGAGAGUUUGUGCUGAGGUAUGACACAGAAGUUAAAACAAACAUUUAGCCAAUAUGC